UCUUAACUCCCACUGUAGACAGCGUGUUCUGACACUGUACCACUGGAACAAAGAUGGUCAUUUCAUCCUUGUAAGUGAUCAAAUUAAUUGAACUAUUCACCACCAAAUUAGAUUUAGUUGAUUUUGUGUAUUAAUUCCAGUGGAAAUACCUAAACAUUGUUGUUUGCAGAACAUGAUUAUGCAUGAAACCAUACUGCUGUCAUUUCACAAUAGCUUUCUUGGUUUCAGUAGCUUAUUUGAGAUUCAGAAUGCUAAUAAGUGCAAAGUAGAUCUUCACCUUAUGCCUUAAUCCUCUUUCACAAACAUACAGGGGUUGCCAAAUGCUGUGCAUUGGAGGUUGAGUAAUAAACUUAUGCUCAAUCUCAUAGUAUGUAAUAUGUGGAGAAAAAAUUUUAAGUUGCAAAGAAGUGACUUAAAGUGUCUUGAUCUGUAGUUCACCUCAACAGUGGUCUGCUUUAGCUUUUUGUUACUAUUGUAUGCCUAUUGUUUUGUCUUUUUAGUAUGAAAGAACAACUUAACAAUAUUGAACUGUUAAAGAAUUUCUCCUCCCCCUCUUUGCCCCUUUUUUUCCACCACAGAGCAAACAACAAUGCUAAUCUGCUGCACCCAAUACCCUGUUACCCUCAUUGAAAUAUAAAAUCAGUGACCUUUUUUUUUCUGCCCCAACUUCCUGUUUCCUAUCUCUUCAGGAAGUCGCCUGGAGUGUAAAACCAAGUAAAGCUGAGGUUUGCUCAUAAAUGUUUAAUGCAUUCAUGUUACAAACAAGCUGAAAAUUCACAUCUGGAGUCUCUGACAGAAUGAGAUGACUGCCCCAAAACUCCAAUAUGUGCAAUGUACAAAUUGUACCUACAGGUCUUAAGCAGAAUGUUGCUUGUGAUUUCUUUAAAUAUAUCCAAGAAUGGAAAUGGCAUUAAACAAUCAAUUAAUUUAACCUUUCUUUUUAAUUUUAGCCACAUCUGUUGCCACAUUUAUAGAGCAGUUUAAGGCGCUAGAAGUUGGUGUUGCUUUCUUAACUUGUGUAUACUUUCUUGACUCACACUGAGGGCUUUUGAUAACAUUUGCAAAUAGCUUACUGGAAAACCACCUUCUCCAAAUCCAGUGCUGUGGAAAUGAGCUAAACUAGUUAUUUGCAGGAAGUUUGCUCAAGGUGAUUUUAGGAAUUCACAUGAUCUUCAAAUGUUUAUGCAGGUUACCACACCUCCUCCUCUUUGUCACUAACAGCGUCCUCCUGUGCUCAUAUCGUGAUAUCUUAAUUUAUUAGACCUUGCUGGCUUAAUCUGGAAUGCUUGUUUGGGUUCUGAUAAGCCUUGUGUGCCUUGAGAGAGCCUUCAUCUGAGAACCAUUUUCUUCAGUGGUAGGGCAGGCUCACAUUUGGAAGCUUUAUACCUCAGUCCUGCCUCAGUACUUGAUCUGAAAGAGAGCUUGGUGGUCAUGAAGGUGCCGGGUGGCCUUUGGGAGCUGCGUGUUCCAGUUCAGGUUCUGGAUGGGCUGAACUGCAUCGCCCACACUUCUGGCAGCACUCAAGCUCUACUACCAAUUUUUAGUGCCUCACCUGAAUGUUCAUUUCCAGCUGUGUGGUGCUCAACCUCUGACCCUAAACUAUUAACAGUACUAGGUGGAGUAAAUUUUCUCUGUUCAGGCAGAGACUAGACAUGGAAAAUAAUUUGUGCCAAAGAGCCUAGAUUAGCAACUGGAAACAGGAGUCAUGGGUUGGAUUGGAAGUGUGUACAGACAUUUUGCCACAGCUGUGGGCUUAACUAUAGCUAAGGAUUUGGAGAAGGGUGGAGUUCCCUUUAUUGCAAUGGAUGCUGUAAAAAUUUUCAAAAUGGGUAUGAUUUUUGUUAUCUUAUUUCUUACUAGUGAAGAUUUCCCUUAAUCGUCCUUUUAAAUUCUCACUUGAAUUCUGUCACAUCUAUAUUUAGCACACAGAAUGAAUCAAAGAUAAAAUUCUCCCAGUUCAUUUUAAUUUAAUCAACUGACUUAAUCUAGUUUCCUCUCACUGGUUUUCCUCUGAUCUCACAAUAUUGCAGUACAUCUCAGACAUGAUGCUUGUUAUAAUUUUAUUUCUUAAGUCAAAAAGCUUUAUCUUUAAAUUUCUGCUAUUUGGUAAUAAUGUAAUUAAAGGUGUUUAACCCCUGGAAGUUUCAGAGACAAAUCUAAGGUGAUUGUAGAGAUAGUUAGCUUCAAACACCUUCACUAAAAAAAACACAGGUUUUGCCUUUAAUAUGUAGGAAAAGACAUAUGCCCAGUUCAAAGAAAAUUAUUUCCUGAAAGGCAGUUGUUUAACUCGUUAUCUGGAUUACAAAAGAACAUUUUGAAUGGAGAAGAGGAACAUGCAUACACUCCUGUGUUUUGAAGAUAUUUCUGAGGAAUUCGACACAGUUUCUGGUAUCAGAACGCUUCAAAGUUGAAACACCUCCUCCAGGAUAUAUCAGUGAAGAUGGAGAAACAAGUGACCAGCAGCUGAACCAAAGCAUGGAUACAGGGACACCUUCCACUACCCCAGGUUGCUCCCCGCACUGUCCAGCCUGGCCUUGGACACUUCCAGGAUCUCCAGCAGAGCUGUCUCCUAGUACUCUCUCUCCAGUUAAUCAUAGCCUGGACUUGCAACCAGUUACUUACUCGGAGCCUGCGUUUUGGUGUUCAAUAGCAUAUUAUGAAUUGAAUCAAAGAGUGGGAGAAACCUUCCAUGCGUCUCAGCCUUCCCUGACUGUAGAUGGCUUUACAGAUCCAUCAAAUUCAGAGCGAUUUUGUCUAGGUCUGCUUUCCAAUGUAAACAGAAAUGCUACAGUGGAAAUGACAAGGCGACAUAUAGGCAGGGGAGUGCGUCUGUAUUACAUUGGCGGAGAAGUUUUUGCCGAGUGCCUGAGUGAUAGCGCGAUCUUCGUUCAGAGCCCCAACUGUAAUCAAAGAUACGGCUGGCAUCCUGCAACUGUGUGCAAAAUUCCUCCAGGAUGCAAUCUAAAAAUCUUUAAUAACCAAGAAUUUGCUGCUCUUCUGGCUCAAUCUGUGAAUCAGGGCUUUGAAGCAGUUUAUCAGCUUACUAGAAUGUGUACCAUAAGAAUGAGCUUUGUUAAAGGAUGGGGGGCUGAAUACAGGCGGCAGACGGUAACAAGCACUCCUUGCUGGAUUGAGCUUCACCUGAACGGGCCUCUACAGUGGCUGGACAAAGUAUUGACUCAGAUGGGCUCCCCUUCAGUUCGCUGCUCCAGCAUGUCCUAAAACUCCUCUCUCACCAGUGGGCUAAAAAUAGAGUCCAGUCAACAGACUUAAUAUAACAGCUCGUCUGUCGUAGUAUUUGUGUGUGGUCCCCAUGAACUGUUUACUAUCUAAAAAGGUUUUUUAAAAAUAAAAAAAAAAAAUGGAAAAGAAAAAAAAAAGAAAAGAAAAAACAGCACUUGAGGUCUCAUCAGUUAAAGCACCUUGUGGAUUCUGUUUCCUAUACUCUGAUACUAGAUGAAAAUUUAGUGUAUAGAAAAGCCUUCUUCAGAAAGAAGGGACAGUUCUAAAGACUCUUUAAUGGUGUUUUUUAUUGGGUAUAUAAUUGAGUGUCCUAAUGGUUAUCAAUAACAUGAAUAGCUAAGUAUAUAUAUAUACAGAUAAUGUAUCACAAUCUCAAAUAUCACAGUAUUGUGCUGUUCUACAUUUUAGUUCCCAUAAACUGCCAUUUUGGUUUUUGAUUGGGGCCGGUAUCUCUUAAAAUUCCAAGACUUUGCUCCCUUAUUCUUUUAUAUUUUUUUAAUAUAAGCAGGUUUUCAAGUUGUCCUAAACAUAAAAAGACUUUCCUUAUAGAAAAGCUGAAUUUUUUGCUGCGUUCUUAAAGAGAAAAUCCCUCCAUUGGAAGGGAAGGAAAUGUUUUGAGAUUCAUCUGUGAAGUCUUAAGACACUUUAUAUACUUAAUGGGGCCUAAAAUGAAUUCAUAUUACAAAUUCUGAGUGUCCAUCACACUAGCAGUCUACUUUUUGAUACCCAUCUGAGUUGAUGCAUCUGUUGCCAGCAGUGUUACUGGCAGUGAUGUAAUUUGGGACUUUUUUUGUACCUUGGAUCAUUGAAAUGAGUGGUUUUUCUCAUGGACUGAGAAUUUACCAUGGCUUUGGAUUUUUGAUUAAGUGCACAAGGUUAUUGGCUUACCCCUUACAUCUGUAUUUUUUUUUUUUUUCAUUGAAUAAGUCUUACCCCUUACCAUCUGUAUUUUUUUUCAUUGAAUAAGUGUUACCCCUUAUCAUCUGUAUUUUUUUCAUUUUUUCAUGUGUCACUAAAAAUAAUGGGGUUUAGUUUUUGGAGCCGUAUACCUUGAAAAAUCAUUUCCUGGGGUAAGCUAGACUCUUUUUGUUUAGGUUUUAAAUAGAUGCAGCUUCUUAACAUAUUUCAGUAACAGAAUUUAAAUUUCUUAUCUGAGUCGCUUUUAUAGUUUACUUACACACCAGAUCAUACGCAUUCAUUAUGUCAUAAUGGGCCUUGUUAUUAAAAGUAGUUGCUUCUGCAAAACCUCUAGAAUAGUGGUUGCUGAGGUAUGACCAGCGAAGGAGGACUUCCAGGUUCUUCAUGACAGUGCAUGUUAUUGUGAACCCUUGGACACUACAGCUGCACCAUAUUAAAAAUAUUCUGAAAUAUAUUCUACAAAUAAGUCUGGGUUGGGGCUGGGUUGGGAAACUGUAUAGAAGGGUUAUUCUGACUUGAAAAAUACACAUCUUACUAACAAUCUUGUGAUCUAGCUGUCUGUCAUUCUUUUGUUAUUGUGGCAGUAGCAGGAUUGCCUUUGUCUGUUUUUUUCCAUUGUUUCAUCAAUUACACUAGUUCUGUACUUUGUAAGUACAGCUAGUGAUAACUUAGCUUCGAGAACAAAAAUGUGGCCAGUGUUACAGCUUUUAAUCACUUGACUGAAUUGAUGAUAGUGAUGGAUAUUUUUAUGCCAUAAUGACUAGGGCAUAGAAGCAAUACCAAAAAAAUCAAGCCUUGAGAAAAUGGGCCAGACACCUUUCAGAAAUUGGCAAAGCAGUUACCAGUUUGUGCUAGUUUUACCAGUAGACUAAUGUAUUGGUAGAACUUGUGAAUUUAAGAGAUAAGCUUCAUGCGUGUUGCAUUUGCCUAAUAUGUGAAUACACUAAUAAAAGUUUUAAUUCUCACAA